AAGCAAUAUCAAUAGGAGUUUCUUUGGGAUGCUAUUCGGAGGUCGGAACUGAACUUCGAAGGUUAUGAGGAAAGAUUCGAUCUGCUAAAUUAUUCAAAAUGUCGAAGCUGUUCGGGAAGAUUGCUAAUUUGUUCAGCUCCCGGACUCUCACUGGGGUCGACAAGGCAGGCAAUCAAUAUUUCACCAGAAGCGAAGUGAUCGAUGGAGUCAUGAAAGAAAAAAGAUGGGUAGUAUUCAAAGCAGAGGAUGAUCCUACUUCCAUUCCAGUUGAGUGGAUUUGUUGGUUGAAUGGACAGAGAAAGAAAGCACCAACUCAUGAGGAAAUGAUUGACCUGGAGGCAAGGCGUGAACGUGUUAGAAUUAAUGUUGCUCUUCUCAAGGAAAAAGAAGAGGAGGAAAAGAAAGCUGGACAGGGCAUUCCUCGACAAGGUGUGAGCGCUGGUAAAGUUGAAGGCCCGAAUUUGAAAAGUUUCAUUCGGCAAUUUCCAGCUGCUUCUAUGAAAGGUGACCAGCAUGGGGAUGCAUCUAACGCGACAGAUGACAUGAGGAAUGCUGAAGAAACUUGGAAAGAAAAAAAAAUUCCUCCCGAAGUGAAGCAGCAGCCAGAGAUCUCAGAACCUACAGGAUCUGGUCAAUCCUUCAGACCUGGAACAUGGCAACCACCAACAUGAGGAACAGGUCGAUGGACUGGCACUUCAUCAGCUACUAACUGUUUGUGCAUUGCCUUAUGGAUUGUUCCAAUCACUGAUUGGAGAGUUUCCUUGAUUUAGACAACAUUAUUACUUGAAGCAGUAUCUUGAGGCACCUUUAUGUUUAAGAGCUCACAAGUUGAAGGUUCUUUCAUGGAGC